AUGAAUAGGACAAUAUUAUUAUUAUUAUUAUUUUUAUGCAUAUUUUCAAAUAUCAAUAGUGCACAUGGAAGAAGAAGUGCAUCGUUCAGACCACACAGAGAUCUAAGUAUUUAUCACCAAUUGAGUGAUGAAAAACUUUUACCAUCCUCUGAUCAAGAAUUAAUUUCAAAAAUAGAUUAUGAAUGGUUCACUCAAUCAGUUGACCAUUUUGAUAGUGCUAAUCAAAAGAAAUUCCAACAAAGAUAUCUUGUGAAUGAUCAUUUUUGGGAUGGAAAAGGACCAGUAUUUAUGAUGAUCAAUGGAGAGGGACCAAUGUCAUUGGGAGCAGUCACUGGAUUACAAUAUGUGGUUUGGGCAAAAGAGGUUCAUGCUUUGAUUGUUUCUCUAGAACAUAGAUACUAUGGUGCAAGUUUUGUUACUGACAAUUUGGCAACAGAGAAUCUCAUCUACCUCACUCCACAACAAGCAUUAGCCGACAAUGCAGUUUUUCGUGACUUUAUUGCCAACACUUAUAGUGUCCCUCAGACCUCUAAAUGGGUUAGUUUUGGUGGAUCCUAUUCUGGAUGUCUAUCAUCUUGGUUUAGAAUUAAAUAUCCAAACUUGGUUGAUUAUGCAAUUGCAUCAUCUGCUCCUGUCAACCCAGUUAUCGACUUUUACCAAUAUUUAGAAGUUGUUCAAAAUGCUUUAUUGACAACAUCAAAUGGACAACAAUGUGUUGAUAGAAUUAAACAAUCAACUCAAAAGAUUCAAGAUUUAUUAAAGCAACCAAAUGGUUUAAAAACUGUUUCUGAACUGUUUAGUCUUGAUCCAGUGUUGAAAACAGAUGACGAUAUUUCAAACUUUAUGCAAUCUCUUGCUGGUACUUUUAUGGGAGAUACUCAAUAUAAUCUUAUUGAAGGUCCUUUUAAAAGUGUUGAAGCUUUAUGUUUAAUAAUGAAUAACUAUUCAAAUGAUUCUCUUACAAAUUAUAUUCAAAUAUGGAAUAAUGCACAAAAAGGAGAGUUGGUAGAUGUCAGUUAUCAAUCAAUGAUUCAAGAAUACGCAAAUAUUACCAAUGAUGAUACAAAUGUUGGAGGUCGUCAAUGGUUCUUCCAAACAUGUACUCAAUUUGGAUACUAUCAAUCAUCCACUUCAAACAAUCAUCCAUUUGGACAUUUAUUCGAAAUUGAUUUCCAAAUAAAACAGUGUACCGACAUAUUUGGUUUUGCCUUCCUUCCCAAUGUGAAUUGGACCAUUUUAGAAUAUGGAGGAUUAGAUCCAUCAGCAUCCAAUAUAAUGUAUAUCAAUGGUGACAUUGAUCCAUGGCAUGCACUGGGUAUUUUGGAUCCAAAACCAGCUUCAUCAUCAAUCCAAACUCUAUUAAUUCAUGGAGCUGCCCAUACCGCCGAUAUGUACAUUCCCCGUCUUUUUACACCUUCAACUAUUGCACCAGCUCAAAAAAUUAUAUUUAAAUAUUUAUCUGAUUUCCUUAACAAUGUAAACCAAUAA